GUUUUAUAAAUUUUAUCAAAUCUAAACGGUGUCCUACUGCUACAUCGAGUUUCCACCCGGCCAAGAAGUGAGAAAGUGAAUACCCGGGCAGCUCUUAAUCCUAACGACUUAAAACGGUGAGAUGGCGGUUGUUCUCUCAUUGACUUCCCUUCAACAAUACCGUGCCGUUGUAAACCCUAAUUCGAAGAGCUUCAAAUCCCAACUCAAAAUCCCAAAUCGAAGCGUAUACUCUACUAUUCAAACCCGUCGAAGCACAAUCCUUAAUGUAUUGAAGAACAGAAACUCCGACGAAACCAGUACAGAUGAUGAUGAUGAAGUGAAUGAUUUGGGAGUAAAAGUAGCAUUAUCUGUGCUGAAAUUCUACAAAAGGGAAAUCUCGCCUGUAAUACCGAGGAGUUGCCGUUAUGUUCCUACAUGUAGCGAGUAUUCGAUGGAAGCAUACAAGAAAUAUGGAGUUGCGAAGGGAACAAUCUUGACUGCCUGGCGUCUCUGUCGUUGCAAUCCUCUUGGUAAUCAAUCUUGUUGUGGCUCUGGAUUUGAUCCUCCGCGAUGGUUUGAUGAGGAAGCUCCAUCUGAAGAAUGAUUAAGCUAAAUAUACUGUUUUUGUUCUCUUUCAGGUCAGUCAUACCUUCUUUUGUCAUCUGUGUAUUACUAUCAUGUCUACCUUUGUUGAUGCUCUAUUAUCAUAUCUGUAUUGUUUGGAGGCUAGAAGUCGAGACUGAAUUUGUUUAUUAGUUGAAUAUAAUCUCUUUCAAUAUGUGCAUUCAAU